GUGGGGGGAAAUUCCAACGCUACAAACAACUACUAUAAGUAGUACUCCUCUUUGCUAGUGUUCUUCAAAGCUGUCUCUGGUUUAUUCCCUUUUGCUCUUGCAUUCGCUUUCUGGCUGUGACUAACAACAUGGCAGAUGUCACCCACGAUGUUCUUUCCCUUCUCUCCUCUCCCGACAAAGAUUUUCUUCUUCGGAACAACGGCGAUCAGGUCAAAAUUGACAGCUUGAAGGGAAAGAAACUUGGUUUAUAUUUUUCAGCAUCCUGGUGCGGCCCGUGUCGAAGUUUUACCCCAACUUUGGUGGAGGUAUACAAUGAAGUCUCUCAGAAAGGUGACUUUGAGGUCAUUUUUGUCACGGCUGAUGAAGAUGAUGAGUCAUUUAAGAGCUACUUUUCCAAGAUGCCAUGGCUGGCUAUCCCAUUUUCUGAUUCAGAGAUGCGCAAUCACCUUGAUGAAUUGUUCCAUGUGAGGGGGAUUCCCCAUCUUGCAUUACUUGAUGAAUCUGGGAAAGUUAUCACUGAAGAUGGAGUUGAGACUAUCCGUGAAUAUGGAGUUGAUGGAUACCCUUUUACUUUAGCAAGGAUCCAAGAGUUGAAAGAUCAAGAAGAGGAAGCUAAGAGAAAUCAGACCUUGAGAUCUAUCUUGGUCUCUCAUUCCCGUGACUUUGUGAUAUCAGCUGAUGGAAAGAAAUUACUUGUCUCUGAGCUUGAGGGAAAGACAGUUGGUCUGUAUUUUUGUUCAGCUUCAUACAGAUCAUGCAGUGACUUCACUCUACAGCUUGUGGAGGUUUAUGAGAAGCUAAAGGCAAAGGGGGAGAACUUUGAGGUUGUUCUGAUACCCCUAGAUGAUGAUGAAGAAUCCUUCAAGGAAGAAUUAGAAAGCAUACCUUGGUUAUCCUUGCCUUUCAAGGACAAAAGCAAUGAGAAGCUAAUUCGGUACUUUGAGCUCUCAACCCUCCCCACUUUGGUUAUUAUUGGGCCAGAUGGGAAGACUCUUAAUCCAAAUGUUGUUGAGGCUAUUGAGGAACAUGGGAUUGCUGCAUUUCCAUUCACUCCUGAAAAGUUUGCUGAGCUCAUUGAAAUAGAGAAGGCCAAGGAAGCAGCUCAAACCCUUGAGUCGAUUUUGGUGUCUGGGGAUCAAGAUUAUGUUCUUGGGAAAGACGGCGUGAAGGUUCCAGUGUCAGAAUUAAAGGGGAAGAACAUCCUUCUCUACUUCUCAGCCCACUGGUGUCCUCCGUGCCGUGCAUUUCUUCCAAAACUCAUUGAUGCAUAUCAUAAGAUCAAGGCAAAGGACAAUCCAUUUGAAGUCGUUUUCAUCUCAAGCGACAGGGAUCAAGCCUCCUUUGAUGAAUUCUUUGCGGGAAUGCCAUGGCUGGCACUUCCAUUUGGUGACUCAAGGAAGGCGCUCCUGAGUCGCAAAUUCAAGGUAUCUGGCAUCCCCAUGCUUGUGGCCAUUGGAUCAAGUGGCCGGACUGUCACAAAAGAAGCUCGAGAUUUGGUUGCGCUUUAUGGGGCAGAUGCUUAUCCUUUCACUGAGGAGAGAAUAGAAGAAAUUGAGGCUGGAAAUGAAGAAACUGUAAAGGGGUGGCCUGAGAAGGUGAUACAUGAAACACAUGAACAUGAGCUCAUGUUGACACGCCGCAGGAUUUAUUAUUGCGAUGAAUGUGGAGAUGAGGGACAUAUAUGGUCAUACUACUGUGAAGAGUGUGACUUUGAUCUACAUCCAAAAUGUGCUUCGGUGGACAAAGGAAGCAAGGGUGACGAUACCAAGGAAGAAGAAAUUUCCAAAGAUGGAUGGGUUUGUGAUGGAGAAGUCUGUUCUAAAGCCUGAAAUCUGCUUUUUAUAUUUUGGUGAUUACUUAUCAUAAGCAUGUGACCUCAUAUUUGAGGGCUUUUCUAUAGUGCACUGCCUUGUGAGUUGUAUAACUAUAGACUGUUUUAGUAAUUGGAUAUUGUGAUGGGAAUGAUAAUAUUGUGUUUAUGGAUUUCCA